AUACAACCCAAACCCAACCCAAGUCGACUUGCCAGGGGGCCUUUUUGAUAUCCCAGUUCAUACACGACCCAUUCCAUCCUGACCAAGCGCAUCACCCCACCAUCUUGAACAGCACGUCGACCGACACGUGCCUUCCGCAACCAUGUGCAUCAUCUUCACCUGUGGCGAGCACACCUUCCGCAAAGAGGUGGAAGGCUACGAAGGGCUCGUCUGCCGAUGCAACAACUGCGGCAACUACUCGGGUUCGGUAACCAAGUCGCAUCCUUGGUUCACCUUUUGCUUCAUUCCCGUGCUUCCCCUGUCGAUAAAGGGCUACGAAGACGUGACGUGCCGAAUCUGCCACUUUGAGCAGCCCCUCUCGCACCGUCCCGACGUCCAGGCGCUCCGCGGGCAAGGUGGGCAUGGAAUACACAUGCAGCCUCCGCCUGGGCCACCGCAGGGAUGGGGACAGCCAUCGCCGAAACCAAAUCAGCCGAUGCAAUAUGGGUAGGACCGAGGUUGACAGAGGUGGACUGCGGAGGGGAAAGAUAUAAAGUAUAAGGGUUCGGUUGCGACACGCAAACGCCUCCGGCUACGAGAUACCAACCAACCAGGUCCCCUGGCGGGGCCAGGAAUGUGGCGUGGGAAAAGGCGUUAUGAGUUACGGUAUGGCAUUGACUGAAGGCUAAUGUCGCUUUGGGAAUUGACUAGUACAUACAAUGGAAAAGGGAUUCGCCUGCCUGCUCGCCGUGUCCAGGUUCCAUCAGAGCCUAGAGCAGGGCCGACGGGAAGAGUUG